AAUGCACAAAAAUGUUGCCCUAUUUUUUUUAUAGACCAUUUAAAAAACGAACGGUGGUUGGAAAAAUAUGUGCUUUACCUUGGUUUCAAAGCACGGAAAGCUACGUUGUAGCCUUGGGCUUAUUGGGAGUUAUUCUUAGUGCUAUCGAUCUUUUACGCGUUUUAAAAGCUGGAAGAACUUUACCGUGCGUUUUAUGGAGGGCGCGUUUAAGAACCGGAAGUGUGGUCACCCCGGAAAUGGAAAGAGACUUAAAAUUAUUAACACUAAUUCUAUCAUUAGAAUUUUAUGGACUUUUAAUCAUUGGAAUGACAUGGAAAAAUUACGAGUAUUUUUUACCAUUACUUUAUUAUUAUGGAAUCGUAAUUGUCUCGGAAUUUGCCGUACUUUUUUUAAAAAUGUACUCUGUAGGUUUCGAACUGCGAAAACAUCAAUUAUUGAACUCGAUGUUUGUCGUUUACAAUUGGAUCGUGGUUUAUUGCGUUUAUCAACACGAUUUUGAUUGCGCAAAUUGUUAA